AUGAAAGAGGAGGCUAUCCUCUCGUAUUUGGUAAGGGAGGAUGCGAAGAAGACGAUGAUAGAGAUUCAGAGUGAUCGCACUGUUAAAUUAACAGUGAUAAUAAAGGAUAUGGAUGUGAUGAAGAGCUGUGUCCUGGUGAAUACGAAGCUGAAGGAUUAUAAAUGUUGGGCGACAAGAACUGAGGAUCAGUUGCCCUGGAGAGGUGAUAAAGAAGAUGUGUCCCUCUCAUUUGGCGAAGUGUGGUAA